AUGCCUCCACAGAACUCAGCGUCUCGAAGAAUCAAGAACAUUUCGAUCUCCAAGCCGAUCAUCUACGGUAACGUGGCAGAGAAGAUUUCCGAGUCCAACCCUUUGCCAGAAGGAGCUCCGGCAGACCAUUCGCACACAUGGAAGGUGUUUGUUGCCGACCCGUUGGGCAACGACCUGUCCAGUUACAUUCGCAAAGUCGUGUUCAAACUGCACGAGACAUACAACAACCCCACGCGGUCGAUCGAGGAGCCUCCAUUUGAGGUCACGGAAACGGGAUGGGGAGAAUUCGAGAUUGCUAUCAAAAUAUACUUCAACAACGACUGCGGCGAGAAAAACAUCACAUUGUACCACCAUUUGAAGCUUCAUCCGUACGGUCCGCAAUUGGAAGAGAGCCAGCGCACAGGGAAAGUCGAGAGCAUUCUUUUUGACGAAAUAGUGUUCAACGAGCCAACAGAACGGAUGUUCAAGCUAUUGACGUCGAAACCAGGAUCGUUACUACCAUACAAGAGCGAGACGUCCAAGUUCACCAAAGAAGCUGAACGCCAGGAAUUGGACCGCAUCGAGAAGGCUUUUGACGAGAUCAAAAAACAGAUCGACGAGAAAAGCGUCGAGUUCAAAGAACUGGAAGAACAAAGACAACGACUCGCAACAUAA